AUGGACAAGGAAAGUCCCAAGCUGGUAGACCAGCACCUGCUGGAACAAAUGAAAAAGACCAUCGAAGGGUUCGCCCAAGAGUCUACAUGCACAAAUAGGGAAGCAUUCGCAGAUGAUAAGUAUGCGUAUAGCUUAAUUGAUAACUACAAAAGCAGGAGGACGAAAAAUGUCGUUAUACACAUGCUAAAAAGGGACAUAAAUAUAUUGCACUAUAAUGAAGAAUACAAAAAUAUAAUUUUUAUAAACUUUUUAAGAUUGUGCCAAUUGAAUAAUUUAAACGUCAAAAGUUACCAUGAUAUGUUUUUAAAAAGUGAAAUUUUUUCGUAUAUUUUGAAUUCUGAAAAAUACGUACAUGUUUUUUUAAAGCCGAUUAUAAAUAAUGACAAGCUGUUGUGGGAUGUGAAUAGGGACCAUUUCGAAUUCGUUGCCUUUCCCAUCCGUUGCACUGCUCAGGAUGGACAUGGCGAAACGGGGACCCUGGGUGACCGUCACCAAGACAGCUGCUACGUGUUGGAAGAAAGGCAAAAAUUAAAACUGGAUGACCUUGUAGAAAAUUCCUCAGACUGUUGUGAGUCCUCGUUUAGCGAAGAUGAAAUUUCAGUUUCUUCCGGAUUUUCGGAAAAGUCCCCACAUGUGAUAAGCGGAUGCCAAAAGGUGAAUGGCAAUUUACCCCACCUGUGCGGGGGCACCAAUUUGGAGGAGAGCCUUAAAAAGGGAAAUGACGCUGUUGCGGAAAAGGAACACAUAUUUCAGAAGCAACUAAUCGGGAAGGACGAAGCGCCAGUGGAGGGCAAGAAUGACAGCAUCAUCGCCUUUCAGGGGGAGGAAAACAGCCGAAGUGGUCUCGCGGCGAACUCCUCGUCCGCCCUGAAUAACAUCAAUUUGAACCACCUGAUAGACUCCAUUGUGGAGGCUGGCAAAUGGGGUGAUGAGGACACCCCGAGGGGGGGGAGGAGUAAGAGGGGCACCAACGGGAUGCAAAAAAAUAGCAGCCUAAACGAAUCAAUCAUAGAGAAAUUUGUGACAAAGUCAGAAAAUGACCAAGACGAGGUGCUCAAUUUGUAUAAAAAGGUCAGCAGCAUGGAGAAGAUUAUUAAACAUUUAAUGGGAGAAAUAAUGAGAAGAGAUAUGGUAGGAAGGGAUCCCCGUGAGGGAGUACCCCUUAAAGGAAUACCCCAUGGAGUACCGCUUAAAGGAGCACCCGUAGAGGAAGCCGAAGAGGCGGAGCAAAAUGACGCCCAGAAGAACCACCAAGGGGAAACCCCACCAAACGAUAUGACCAACAGCACGAGCAAAAACUGCGGCGAGCACGCGGAAGACACGGACAGCAAAUAUUUCGAAAGUUACAACAACACAGAAAUACACAGAACUAUGAUUCUAGAUAAGAGCAGAACAAAUUGCUACUACGAAUUUGUAAAAAAAAAUAAAGAAAUAUUUGAAAAUAAAGUGGUCUUGGACAUAGGGUGCGGGUCCUCCAUCAUUUCUCUCUUCUGUGCUGACCACGCGAAAGUUGUUGUGGGAAUUGACAACGCGCAUAGGAUAUUAGCAAAAGCAAGAAAAAUAACGGAAAGAAAUGGCGCCAGUAAUGUUUACCUAUUCGAAGGAAAAAUAGAACAAAAUAAUAUUUACGUUGAUGAGAAGGAAGAAAUACACUACAUUAGCAAAAAGGAAGAUUUAGAAAAAUAUAAAAAAAUCUACAACAUAAGAAGGCUGGAAAUUCUAAAAUUUGAUAUUAUCAUUUCCGAAUGGAUGGGAUAUUUUUUAUUUUACGAAUGCAUGAUAGAUACCAUUUUGUACGCCAGAGAUUUCUACCUAAAGGAAAAUGGCUUGUUGUUGCCCAAUAAGGUUUAUCUGUAUCUGGCGGGAUAUAACGACUUAGAAUAUAUAAAUGAAAAUGUUCUUGUUUGGGAUACCCCACUGUAUGGAAAAGACCUCUCCGAGUUAAAACCCAGCUUGAAGCAUUUCUUGGAAAAUGCAAAAAUUAUUAACCUAAAAAAAGAUAAGGUGUCCUCUCAAGUGGUUAAUUAUGCCAUAAUUGACAUGUACACAUAUAGGAAAAAUGAAAAUGUGUAUAUUUCGUCUGAUUUUAAAAUUGUAGUUAAUAAUGGGAGAGUCGUGACGAGUUUAUGCUUCUACUUCGAUUGCCACUUUGAACCGUUUAGAUUUUGUCCUGGUGAAUCAACCCACAUUGAGGGGAAGGUACCCCCCACUGGGGAUGGAUGUACAAAUACCGUUUUGACGACGAGCAUGUUCGAGCAAGAAACGCACUGGAGGCAGACCCUCUUGCAUCUGCACUGCCCCAAUUUUACCAUCGCUAGGAUUUCUCCCCCCGCGGAAGGGGAACACCCCAAUGAGCUGUCCGGCAGGAUAUUCAUAUCGCCGGCGGGGGAACACUCUAGAAAUGUGACCGUUCUUUUGCAGAUUAGAAAAAAUGAGUCGAUGAAUGUGCCCGAGGACUGGACCUGCUGGUACUCCCUCGACUGA